CUCUUUGGUCUCCUCCAGAACUUUCCUUCUCCUCCUCCUCACUCCUCAGCACCACACUCCUCUAUCCUGACAAGAUGCAGUUCUCUACUCUCCCUCUCGCCGUGGUGGCCGCCUUCGCCGCCACUCUGGCCAUCGCCCAGUCGACCCUCACCGUGAACACUCCCACGACCCUGAUCGAGUGCCAGCCCGCACAGCUGAGCUGGACCGGUGGAACAGCCCCUUACUACCCUCGUAUCACCCAGGGUGGAGACGUCUCUUCGACCUUGAACACCUUCGACACCACCUCUUCAACCACCAUCACCUGGACGGUCAACAUCGCUUCCGGCACCACUGUGACUUUCGCCGUCACUGACUCCGCUGGUCUUUCCAACGCAUCUGCUGAGGUCACUAUCCAGGCCGGCUCGUCUUCUUGCCUGAACUCCUCUAGCACCGGUGCCUCUUCCACUGUCGCUGGCGCCUCGAGCAGCUCUGCCGCUUCCAGCUCCAGGGCCACUUCCAGCUCCUCGUCGGCCGCCUCAAGCUCUUCCUCUGCCACCUCCACCAGGGCUUCCUCCUCCAGCUCUUCGGCCGCCGCCACUAGCGCUACCAGCUCUGCUGCUGCCGCUGCCACCACUAGCGCCGCCGCUAGCGGAGCUGAGUCUCUCCGAGGCUUCCCUGCUGCUGUUGCCGGCCUUGUCGGUAUCGUCGCUGCUGCUCUGCUCUAAGCAGUCCAGCAUCUCGCCGCUUCGUUGGACAGCCAAAGGAAGCGAUCCUGAGUUCGGUAGGCGUGGUCAGCAUGCUACGGCAAAGCUCCCGCUACUUUUCCUCAUCCCGAUCACUCUUCAGAACCCGCUCGCGACGUAGCAGUAUACCUCAGCAGAAGAGGCUCUGGUCUUUUUCACUAGGUCUCUAAUCUGCUACUAGCCCUUUACCCCUCAACGUAUCUACCCCUCCUUGCGCCCCUUGGCGCCUGAACGUUUUUCCCA